AUGUUCUCCAAGAUUGCCACCAGAGCCUUCUCCUCCUCCUCUGCCUCUGCCUACAAGGUUGCCGUUUUAGGUGCCAAUGGUGGUAUUGGUCAACCAUUAUCCUUAUUGAUGAAAUUGAACCCCAAGGUUACUGACUUGGCCUUGUACGAUUUAAGAGGUGCUCCAGGUGUUGCUGCUGAUGUUUCUCACAUUCCCACCAACUCCACAGUCAAGGGUUACCAACCAGAAGACAUUGAAGGUGCUUUGACUGGUUGUGACGUUGUUGUUAUCCCAGCUGGUGUCCCAAGAAAACCUGGUAUGACCAGAGACGAUUUGUUCAACACUAACGCUUCUAUCGUUAGAGAUUUGGCUAAAAACAUUGCUGAGUACUCUCCAAAUGCUGCUGUUCUUAUCAUUUCUAACCCUGUUAACUCCACCGUCCCAAUUGUCGCUGAAGUUUUCAAGUCUAAGGGUGUCUACAACCCAAAGAAGUUGUUUGGUGUUACCACUUUAGAUGUUUUAAGAGCUAACAGAUUUGUUGCUGAAAUCGCUGGUACUGAUCCAUCCAAGGAACACGUUACCGUUGUUGGUGGUCACUCUGGUAUUACCAUUGUUCCAUUGUUCUCUCAAACUAACUACAAGGACUUGGCCACUGAUGUUAGAGAUAAGUUGGUCCACAGAGUUCAAUUCGGUGGUGACGAAGUUGUCCAAGCCAAGGAUGGUGCAGGUUCCGCCACUUUGUCUAUGGCUCAAGCUGGUGCCAGAUUCGCUGGUUCCGUCUUGAACGGUUUAGCUGGUGAACACGACGUCGUUGAACCAUCUUUUGUUGACUCUCCUUUGUUCAAGAAUGAAGGUGUUGAAUUCUUUUCUUCCAAGGUUACCUUGGGUCCAGAAGGUGUCAAGACUAUCCAUCCAUUGGGUGAAUUGUCUGAAUUUGAAGAAGGUUUGGUUAAGACUGCUAAGGAAACCUUGGUUGGUAACAUCAAGAAGGGUCAAGACUUUGUUGCUCAAAACCCAUAA